UUCAUUUACGAGUUUGAAAUGAAUUACGGCAACGAAGGUAACAGAUUGGCGUGUGUUAUCGUACCAUUCAAAACCAUAACUGCCAUUAAAUGUUCUGGAAGCACAGUCUUGUUAAAGGUAGAUGUUCAACCUUUAACUUACAUAGGUAGCAAACAACAAGGCAAUGGAGUAAUCGGAGCUGUUAACGUCUAUGACAAGACCCAAUUGGUAGACAUUAGUCAUGGAGAAAUACAGAAGAACCCUUUGCACAAAUUGACGUUAAGAAAAUAUCAAGCAGAUAAAAUGAAACUGUAUUUGUGGCACUUUGAUGUAAGAUUCAAAAUUUUAACUCAGUUGAACUUCUCGGAAGACGAAGAAUGCGUGGAGCUUCCACCGCCAGAAAUUGAGAAAGUGUCUCCAGUACAGAAGCAGAAGAAGAAAGGAUUAAUUCAACCGUUUUUCUUACUUGAUAAGUCGAAUGACAUUGAUGCUGCCGUUUUGCUGACCACUCCCGUUGUUUGCGCUUGUCGAACGAGUUGCAAGUCCAUAAAAUGCUCGUGCGUUAAAGCCACGAGGAAGUGCAACAGUGGUCGAUCAGUAUGUCUCUGCAGCAACUGCGACAAUCCUUUAAAUAUUUUGGACGAAAUGGGCAUCGAUCCCGUAUGUGCCGUUCUCGACAUGUGUUUACUACAGAAUAUAUACAAAUUGCCAAGCCUACGGAUAUAUUUAAUUAAGACCGUUAAAUUGGGUUGUUGUAAAUCUGAAUACCCAAUUAAAAGUUGCAUUCCGGGAGCGGUGAAGUGCCCAAAUUCCAAGUGCGAUUCCAAUAUACAAUAUUCGUGGUGUAGAGGUUUGAUUACGAGUGAUAGAAAACCCAGAAAUCAUUGUAGUUUUUGUGGACAGUGUAAUUUUUGGGAGAAGCGUCAUUGCCUGGAAUGCAAUAAGUGUCACAGCACGUCGGAGUUUUCCAAGUGCCCGAAUUGCACAUCUUCCAGUUCCUAGAUGACACUUUUAACGCAACUUAUAAAAAUAUAUAUAUAUUUUUAAAAUAUAUAACAUUAUUUUUUGGCAUCAAAACGAGUUUUGCUUUAACAAAAUAAUUUACAUAAAUAAAAAUAAUUUAAUCAUCGAUCGUUAUGAUGUACUGUUAUUUAGAUAUAAAAACUAUAAAAGUUGGUAUUACUUUUGUAUUUUAUUUUUAUUGAUUCCAAAUAAAAAUAUUACUAAACUGGUAUCCAGAAGUUAAGCAUAGUUUAAGGAAAGUCGAAUUGAG